AUGGGUAAUAACCCGUCGGCCCCUCCGAAGUCGAGCAGCGCAUCGCCUGCCCACGGCCAGUCCGUAGGAUCAGCCUCGGAUCGCCGUCGCGAGCCAAAACUAAGAGACACGAUACAAUCACAAAGAGGCGCCGCACCGCCUGAAUCUUCCCAGGUACAGGCACGUGGCACAACGGUCCCUCAUCGGACUCGCAACGCCCAAUCCCAACAUGCGCAAUUCCACAACAACGGCCAGUACUCGCACUCGCCAUCGCCAAAGGAGAAUUCCAUCCCUUCUUCUACUUCUGCCUCGCAACCUCUACCCCAACAAACCCCUCCAAGCAAGCCGCCGCUCACGCUCUAUGACGAACCAAGUAAACCCGUCGCUGUCCCGCAACCUGUGAAUGCGGCCGUGCCAGCCACGCCGAGUGAGAAGUCGCCCUACUCAGCUUCGCAGAGCGAUCAGUCUGGGCUCGCCACCGACAUCAUGUCCUACCAUCUUACCAGACCGCCACGUCUACCGCUGCCCAUCGAGGAAGAAGUCCACACACCAGGGUCACCCAUACUUGGCCCUGCGAGUUCACAAGGUCCGGUGUCUCUCCACGGCAGUGAGGGCCUCGCGCGCCCGCUAUCUGCUCUGAGCAAUACAACCGAAGAUGAUGAAGGAGACGAACUGCCCAUUGACAGGACGAAGCCAGUUGUCCCUACUGAAUUUCACUGGUUCGGACCCGCAGAGAAGGUAUACGUUACGGGGACAAUUUUCCAGUGGAGCCGAAAGUCAAAGCUGUAUCCGAUACCUGGAAAGAAGGAUGCCUUUUCGGCCAUUAUCCAUGUUCGGCCUGGCACUCACCAUAUCCGCUUCAUCGUCGAUGGGAAUAUGCUGAUAUCCUCAAAUCUUCCGACGACUGUUGAUUUCGGCAAUAAUCUCGUUAAUUAUAUCGAGGUCAGCGCCGAUGAUCUUCCCAAGGACUCACAGGCACAAGGACAAGCACAGCAAUCGAAAUCGCAAGAAGGCCGUCAACCGCGGGAAGAAGCGAAGCCUGCAGAGCAGGGGGCUGAUGCGAAACAACCGCGAACGAAGCCUGUCCCUCCCCAAGAACACUACACAUCUACCGUACCCCAAUACCUACUUGAUCUCGACAAGGCCGAGGACUCUCCUGCGUAUCAGUAUGCAGCCAGCGCUAUUGUCAAACUGCCUACCCCGCCGAGUCUUCCGGGCUUCCUUGGGAAACCAAUUUUGAACGCCCAGACGCCAGUGAAGGAUGACAAUAGUGUGCUGAAUAUGCCCAAUCACACGGUGUUGAAUCAUCUGGCGACGAGCAGCAUCAAGGGCAAUGUGCUCGCUGUGUCUGCUACCACGAGAUAUAAGCGCAAGUAUGUGACGACUAUAAUGUACAAACCAACAUCGGAUGAUACCACGUGA